GCAAACAUGGAGUGUGCCUGAUUUAAACCCUCAAGGUUGCAUAACCAAGAUUUCAAAAUUAAUUCUACUCUGGAGACUUCAACCUAGUGUACAACGUUCCUGGCUGGAAAAGAAGAACUAUAUCAUUCUUUUUUUCAAAUCUUUACCAUUACUUGCCCUUGUAUCUCCGCCUUCUCUUUCUGCAGGAAACUUUAUUUCCUACUUCUGCAUGCCAAGUUUCUACCUCCAGAUCUGUUUGGUUCAGUUGCUGAGAAGCCUGACACACCAGUGCCACUUAAAAGAAGCCAUCUACCGGACCAAGGAAGAUGGACGGCAAUGAUACGUUCAGCCACAAUGUGCUUCCCACAUCUCAUUCUCUGUUUACAACAAAUGUCAAGGGGAGUGAUGAAGAACCCACCACCAGUUAUGACUAUGAUUACAGUGAACCCUGCCGAAAGACCAGCGUGGGACAAAUCGAAGCACAGCUCCUGCCCCCACUCUACUCUCUGGUGUUCAUCUUUGGUUUUGUGGGCAACUUGCUGGUUGUCCUCAUCCUAAUCAACUGCAAAAAGCUGAAGAGCAUGACUGACAUCUACCUGCUUAACUUGGCCAUCUCUGACCUACUGUUCCUCCUCACCAUCCCAUUCUGGGCUCACUAUGCUGCAGACCAGUGGGUCUUUGGGGAUGUGAUGUGCAAAUUUUUCACAGGGCUGUAUCACAUUGGUUAUUUUGGUGGAAUCUUCUUCAUCAUCCUCUUGACAAUCGAUAGGUACCUGGCUAUCGUCCAUGCUGUGUUUGCUUUAAAAGCCAGAACAGUCACCUUUGGGGUGGUGACAAGUGGGGUCACCUGGGUGGUGGCUGUGUUUGCCUCUCUCCCAGGAAUCAUCUUUAUCAAAUCCCUCGAAGAACAUUCAGGUUACGCCUGUGCCCCUUAUUUUCCACUAGGAUGGAAGAAUUUCCAUACAGUUAUGAGGAGCAUCUUGGGGCUGGUGCUGCCACUGCUUGUCAUGAUCGUCUGCUACUCGGGAAUCCUGAAAACCCUGCUCCGGUGUCGCAACGAAAAGAAGAAGCACAAGGCUGUGCGGCUCAUCUUCGUGAUCAUGAUUGUCUACUUUCUCUUCUGGGCUCCCUACAACAUCGUCCUUCUCCUGAGCACCUUCCAGGAAUUCUUCGGCCUGAGUAACUGUAAGAGCAGCAGUCAGCUGGACCAAGCCAUGCAGGUGACAGAGACCCUGGGGCUGACCCACUGCUGCAUCAACCCCAUCAUCUACGCCUUUGUUGGGGAGAAGUUCAGGAGGUAUCUCUACACAUUCUUCCGAAAGCAUAUUGCCAAACAUCUAUGCAAACAAUGCCCAGUUUUCUAUGGGGAGACAGGAGAUCGAGUGAGUUCAACAUACACCCAUUCCACUGGGGAACAGGAAGUCUCAGCCGCUUUGUAGAAGAGGAGAAGCUCACCUGUUAUUUUCAAAAGGUGAUAGCAAUCUAUAUAUGAUAAUAAGCCGCCAGGGUUUGCUGAAGAACAGAGGAGUCUAAAGUUUCUAGAGUAAGUGCCCAGGAACUUGAGGCUUAUGUGAAUCAAUGAAGACUUAUGUUACUCUUGUAGAGUCAGCGUGCUCAGAGAAUAUUCCAAAACAACUGUGGGCAGAGACUUGGAAUCUCCAACGAGCUCAUCGCAGUUCCUAGAAAAUGCCAUACUGCCUUGUGUUUGUGCGCUUCCCUCCACGUCCCCCCAUCCACCACUUCGCUUACUCUCUGAUUCUAUCAACCUCUUUAAUCAAUCAAUCUCUUUAAUCCUCUGGAGAUUGGGAAGAGGAGUCAGGCGAGGGUGAACAGAAAGAGGGGGAGUAGAGUCCGGACCAAGGGGAAGGAGGUGAAAGUGUAAGCAUGGUGAAGCCUUUACAAGGAUGCAGGUAAGGGGUUCGCUUGCCCAGCCAGGCAGCAGCACUGGUCCUUAGCACCAUCUCCUACCAUAUUUAACUUUGGAGGCUCUCCUAGGUCUUGGCAAGCGUGGGAACUGUAAGAACUCUCUGGGAGCUCUGGCUAGGCCCAUGAUCCUCUUCUGCUAAGUGCAUGACACAUUUCUGCUUUAUUACAGGUUAACUAUGACAACCACACAACCUACAUUUGAAAUCUAUUCAAUACCUUGCCCCAUUGUACAUAUGCUUCUUAGGCCUCAUCCCUCUAUACAAAAAUUUAUUAAAAUGUUUGUUUAUAAAAUACAGAUAACCUUUAACAAGAUGAAAAAAUAAAAACCUUGUUUAAAAAGGGAAAGGGGGGCUGGAGGUGGUGAUCAUGAGAAAGGAGUGGGCUCCAGUGAGCCCUUCCAGGAGGAGUGGAGGGGCACGCUCGCACCAGAUGCGCAGGAAUAUUUCCAGAACUGGCCAAGAGCAAACGUCAGGAAGGAGGCGCCAGACCGCUAAAGAGAUCUGAUGGUAUUUUGCUUCUCUUUGGCUUUUCCUGCUUUCUUGCUGCCCUUGCCCACCUGUCUCCCCACAGCCUUUAUCACAGUUCUGCCUGUGGGAUUGCCCCACCCCAAAAGCCGGUUUGUAGAGGUCCAGGAGAGUAGCUAUGGGGAGAAUGUGAAGGAAAUUGUGCAACAAGAACCCCUAUUGGGUCUGGGAGAGGGAAGACAAUCAGUGGGGCUACUGGGGUGAGUGCUCAAAGCAGAGAAGGGGCCUGUUCUGGAAAACAAACAUCAGCCUGUGACCUCAGGGUCUAUUACCAGGCAGGGCAGGCCUAGAUGAGGAAGACUGUAGACAGAUUGGAAAAAAAUGUUUUCCAAAUUACCUUCUGGCACCUCAUUUUUGCACACAGGCAGAGGGUUCAGAUACACAAACACACACACCACACACACACACACACACACACACUCAUAUAAAUGUAUUUCAAUGUAAAGUAAAAGUUAAAUGAAAGCUGGAAACUGCAAUCUAAAAUUGUGGUAAAGUAUCAUUUUUAAGAUACUAUUAUGCCAAGCCUAAAAAUACUGUAUUAGUCAUAGAGACAAUUCUGGUAUUGGUGGAGCACGUGGUGUGUUUAGGAGGCCGCUGGUUCAACAUAAAUAAAUAUUGUCAGGGAGCUGGAGUCUGUGAGCUCUGGGUUUACUAGCUUAUGGUGAUAUAGCAUCUAAAUAAUCUCAGACAGAUUACAGCACGCACGUCACAACUGUCAUCUCAACUAUGUGUCUUUAUUCUGACUUUCUACCAAAAAUCUUUUUUGCCUCAUUAUGACAUCUUGAAAGUUGUGGAUUUAAUCCUAUUUGAAUGCUUCAUGCUUUGCCACAUCUUUACUGAUGCUCAGAUGGGUCCUCUCUUUGGCCAGUGGGAACUCCUAAUAGGGAGUUGGAGAAGUUCACCUAAGCAAGCAAAGACUUUGGUCUUGGCUUGAGCUAAGCUAAGAAUAUACCUAUAUGUUAGUGUAUCUCCAAUCUGAUGCAGGCAAGAAACACAGGGAUCCUGGAAUCUGGCAACUGGGGAACUGGAAGUUACUAAGGUUUUACUUUCUUGCCUCAUGUCUAGAGGCUUCAGAAAGAGGUGUAUGUUGUGGGUGGGGGAGCAGCCUUCACCUUCAGAUAUCUGUAUUAUCCUAAUGAAUGCAUUAAAUUUUGUUUUGAUGAUGAAAUGUAAAUAUUGUUUUAAAAAGCUAUGACUUGAAAACUACCACAAUAUUAUAAAGCAACCAUCCUCCAAUUAAAACAAAUUAAUUUUAAAAAAACUAUGACUUGGAAAAUGAAUCAACACUCUUAACUAUACUGUUUUUUUAAAUCUUUCUGAUUACCAACUCCUCUGUCCUUCUCCCAGACUCUGAUACACACCAUUCUAUUCUUUUCAUCUAUGAGUCUGACGAUUUUAGAUUCCUCAUGUGAGUGAAAUUAUGCAGUUCCUGUCUUCCUGUGUCUGACUUAUUAGCAUCAUGCCCUCCAAGUACAUCCAUGUUGUUGCAUACUGCAGAAUUUCCCACUUUUUUAAGGCUAAAUUAUAUUCAUUGUAUGUGUAGACCACGUUUUCUUUAUCCAUUUAUCAACAUGCAUAGAAUUGUUAUACAGGAUGAGUAAGUACUAAAUAGUGUGUUUAUAAAUAAUAAUACCCUAUUGGAUACUUAAAAACUGUUAGAAGUGUAAAUCUCGUAAUCUAUUUCUACCACAAUAAAAAAAUUUUAAACUGCCA